UCACCUGGGGUGGGCUCAUUGCACAUAGAUGGACAUCCUGUGUCUUCUGGACAAGAUGCCAUGCCAAGGGAUCAGAAGUAUAGUUGUGGUCUUCUCCUUCCUUGUCUCUGCAGAUGGACCAGACUGUGUGUCACUGUGGACUCGGCCCGAUUUCUUUGCUGGUUUGCUGACUGCUGUUAUUGGUUGCAGUGUGCAGCUGAAAUGUACCUAGUUCUCCAGGCCAGAAGCUAAGUACCACUGGAUCUAUAACGGCUCCCUCCUAAGCGUCUCAGAGGACAACGUGACCCUCCCCAGUCUUUCCUGGGAGCAAAUGGGCAGUUACCGGUGUAUUGUGGAGAACCUGGACUACAGGAAUGUCACCAUCCAGCCGCCUCGGCCACUGCCUCCUGUGAACAGAGUUCUCAUCCCAGGAUCCUUGGUGAUAUUUCUCAUCCUAUUGGCAUCCCUGGGAAGUGCCUGUGUAUGUGGAAUCCUGGUCUACACCCUCUUCCUAUUCUGCUCCAGAGGGUGGCCUUUAUUCUACAUCUUGGGGUCAGGACUCGGCCUCAUGACCCAUGAGACCUGGACAGAUGGUAAAAAGCAUCCACGGCAGUGUGCACCAGAGGAUGAUAGGCGUUUCCGGGGGCUUACUGGCCAACCAGCAGUCUAGCUGAAAUGCUAAGCUCUAUGUUAGGUGAGAGACUCCCUAAAAGAUAAGGUGGGUCUGGGUGUGCUGGCAUAGAUUACAUCUUCUAUCCCAGCACUUGGGGGGUAGUGGGCAGGUGUGUCUUUGUGGUCCUAGGUCAUCUUAGUCUAUAUAGUGAGCUCCAGGGUAGCUAGGGGGAUGCAUAAUGAGAUGA